CCCCCCCCAGAAAAGCCGUUACCGGGCAAGGGCGGCCUGGCAGAGCCCCCGGUGGACCGGGUCCAGUUUACCUCGGCAGGAGCUGCUUCGGUGCCUUCGGCAGACCCAAAGUCUUGCCCGACACCCCCUUCCCCCGUGUUGUAAAGAGGUGUAGGAGGUUGCUUUGCUAGCAUGCAGAGGAAUCUUGACGGGUGUUAGCCAGGGCAAGUGCCAAAUUGUACUGGGGAAAGCGGGGAAGGAGGGAGGAGGUGUAGUUUUCUUUUUAUUUAAAGCCCGUUAGUCUCCGGUCGGCCUUGGGUGUGAGUGAAAAUAGGGUGGGUAGAGCACAAAAUCAAAUAUAUACUGUCCUGUAUAGAGAAGUAUGGAAAAGCAGAACUAUUUCUAGGAUUGCAGAGGUAUGCUGGAAAUUAACAUUUGGAGACAAUAAUCUGAAGGGAUGCUCAACUAGGUUAGGGAACCUGGCCCACUUUGUUUAAUGAUGCUGAAUGAAUAAGAAUCUCAAAAAUGAGAGUUGCUUAGUUCUCUGAAAGGCUCUAUCAGGCUUCCCUGUUGUGAAAUAUACCUUCUGAUCCAGUAUUUUAUUUCUGUGGCUAUUGUUACUCAAAAUCCCCCCUCCCCUUUUGUUACUAUGUUGGCCGAGCAAGCUCAAAAGUGGUUCCCAACUCAUGUGCAGGUCACAGUCCUUCAGGCCAAAAGUCUCAAGCCAAAGGGCAAAAGUGGCACUAAUGAUACAUACACUAUCAUACAAUUGGGAAAAGAGAAAUACUCUACUUCGGUGGCAGAGAAGACCCUUGAUCCAAUAUGGAAAGAAGAAGCUUCGUUUGAGUUGCCUGGAUUGCUGAUGGAAGGGAACUCUGAAAAAUACAUUCUCUAUCUGAUAGUCAUGCAUAGGUCUCUUGUUGGGCUUGAUAAGUUUCUGGGACAAGUGGCAAUUAAUUUAAAUGAUAUUUUUGAGGACAAACUGAGAAGGAAAACAGAAUGGUUUCCUCUUGAGUCCAAGCAAGGAAAACGAACUAAAGACAGAGGAGAGAUAAAAGUCAACAUUCAGUUUAUGAGAAACAACAUGACAGCAAGCAUGUUUGACUUGUCAAUUAAGGACAAAACCAAAUCCCCUUUUGCCAAAUUAAAGGACAAAAUGAAGGGUCGUAAGACAGAUGGAACAUUUUUGGAUACAUCUUCUGCAAUCAUUCCAAGUACUCAUACCCCAGAAACUAACAAUAUAACAUCCCUCAAUGAAUUGCAAUUAAAGUCAAAGCCAAAAAAACCUUUUCUUUUGGGACCUCAGCGACUCUCUUUGGCUCACUCAAUGUCUGAUCUAACUGGACCUCAGAUGACUUCAGAAAAAAGUAAAUUAGGAACAAUUGGCAACUCUUACCUCUUCAGACAUCAGCUUGAGUCUGUUGGUUCUGAAGAUGAAAGUGGAAAUCUAAAAUCUCCACACAGACGGACAUUAAGUGCAGAUACCACUAAAGUGAGUAAACUGGACAAUACAGGUGAUGACAGUGACUCAGCUUUUGUAGCUCAAAACGAUCCUUUUACAAAUGUGAGUGCUUCAUUGCCUCAAAAGUUUGCUACAUUGCCAAGACAGAAGAAUCCAUUUGAAGAAAACCCUUUAUCAUGGGAACAAAAUGUGGGCUUAUUUUCGAAACCACCUGAAAUAAAAAAAGAGAAUAAGAAAGAGAAAAAGGAAAAGGUUAGUCUCUUUGAAAGAGUGACUGGAAAGAAAGAAGGCAAACGAUCAGAUAGACUUAGUAACGGAGGAUCAGAAGGCUCCUCUGAUUUGAAAUCACCCAGUCCUUUUGCUGAAAGUCAUCAGGGCAACUUUGAUUUUGAUUCCACUAAUCCCUUUACUACAAACUUCAAGCCAAAAAAUAUGCUGUUAUCUAGUCUUAAUGUGAAUUCCGAAAACUCUGAAGAAUUUCAAAAAACAAUGGAUGGAAAUCCUUUUGAUGCUUCAACAGGAUAUCGUAAUCUUACAUAUGAAGAGGUCUUACAAGAGUUGAUGAAACACAAAGAACAACUGAAGAAAAAAGAUACCCACAUUCGUGAACUUGAGGAUUACAUUGACAAUCUUUUAGUACGAGUAAUGGAAGAAACUCCAAGUAUUCUACGAGUGCCAUAUGAACCUUCUCGGCGAGCUGGCAAAUUUUCAAAAAGCUAAGCUAAUGCCAACACUCCUUGGUAUUAAUUAAGAAGAUGGAUCAGUCCAGAGUUUUGAUAUUGUAAAUUUCAUAUUCAUGCAUUUGACUCCAAAUUUAAGUUAGUAUUAGUUCUUGAAUCUGUAUAUAAAUUCCAAGUUUUAUAAGGUGAAAUGUAAACUCCUUUUGCUGCAAAACAUUCCUUUACCUUGAACAUGUACAUCCAGGUAUGCUUUAUUUUCAAAAUAUUAUGGUUUGAAUAAUACUGUACAAUAGUCAUGUAAUAUACAUACUUGAAUAUUUAUUUUGCACUUCAAUCAAACACUUUUGGAGUUUUGCAGCAUGCUGCCAGAAUGAAUGUGCAGAGUUAGAAUGUGUUUUGCAGCUCUUAAUAUGAAGGAAAAUGUGAUGUACUUUAGGAAUCACUACUAAAUGAGGUGAUAAUACAUUUUUGUCUAAGGAGAUGGACAGUAUUGAUGUAGAGCUUGAAACAAUUACAUUUGUGCUCUUGAAGAAAUGUGAGCUUUUCAAAUGGCAAAUUCCAUAACCUAUUUGGAUGGACCAGAGUUUAAUAUACAAAGGUACAGCAUGCCAUUAGUUUAAACAUACAUAUGCAUAUUUAAAAAGAAAGAAAUAAAGCAGAAGAAACUAGUGGAUAAUACCUCAUUUGUUUAGAGUAUAAGAAGUCUGGGGAGAAAAGCUGACAGGAACAUAACAGUCUAAAUAUUAAUAUGUCAUUGUCAGCCAACCUAUACAUGUGUGUUUAGGGGUUUGUCUGUAUACACAUACAUAUAUACAUAAACAUAUGCAUCAUUUGGGUUCUGCAAUAUUUGAGACAACAAAUUGAGAUUAACUUGCUUGUUUUCUCCAAUAUAGGAAAUUAUUUUGUAAAAUAGAUUGCAAUUAUUUCAGUACUGUAUUCUGUGUCAGAAUCAAAUAUUGUCCUCUAUUAAAGAACGAUGGACAUAUUUGACUCAGCAUGUCUCCGACUAAAUAAAUGUAUGUGCAUUGUUGUGCAACUAUUUCAAAGUGGUAAAUGCAAUUCUAAUGGAAAAUAUUGCCAUACAGAAAAUAUUGUUUACUAUAUUGUAAUCAAAAAGUUAUUCCUUUAUUUUAUAAAAAUUCAGGCAGAAUGAUUGCUAGUAUGAAGUGCAAAUAGACUUAGACAUGAGGAGGAUGCAGUGUUUGGAAGAAUGAAAUGAUGUUUUUGUUCAAUUUUCUUCUUGAUUGUGUAAUGAACAUUUUUUUCAUACACAAACAUAUUAAGGAUUUAUAUGGAGAAGAAUGGAAAAUAUUUUCCCUUUUUCAGAGUAAUAAUAAUUUAAAUUCAGAAAGUUUUGUUUUUGAUUAUGUAUUACUGAUUAAAACCGUUUUGUAACUAUAAUAGGUUAGCGUAUUAUCAGAAGGAGCAAGUAUUCCUUGUACUUUUAAAUUUCCCUACCCACAUUAAGCAGCAUAUUGUGCCAUGAACAGAGAUCCCAUUUGAAUUAUUAGACUUUGGUUUAUUUUUCGAUACAGUUUGGAAUAAAUAAGUAAAACUUAUUAAGUGGAGAUAGUUUGCAUACAUUUUUCCUCUAUAAUUCAAAUAAAGUACAAAUCCUAAACUAUGCUUUAUUUGUUAAUGUUAACUUGUGCAUUUAAAAUAGGUGCUUAUUUUCAUAGUUUGUAUAGAAUAUAUUUUAAAAAUCAGUUGGUGAUUGAAAGCUUACAGAUGUUGCAUGGUAACACAUUUAAUGACUUCCACUUAUAUUAUUUAAAUUUUUGGGCCAAUGACAUUUAAUCUGAGAUUCUACUAUAUUAAAUUCAUUAGGUCCUUCCUACAUGUGUUCUUCAAAUAUACCAGAUGAAUGUAAACCACUUUAUAUGUUGGAAUUUUUAAUAUUUAACUUUUAAAAACUUAAGUUUUCAAAUUAACUUGGUUAAUCUUAAUGGGAAAAAACAACAGACUGGAGUGUAAAGUGUAAAUUCUUAAAAUUAAAAUAAAGUUAAGUUUUAUGAAGGGUUUUGUUUUUUGUUUUGCUUAAAUUCUCUAUUCCUUUUAAUUUCUGCUUGAUGCAAAAGUGAAUUAAAGGAUACUUUAAAUUUACAAUAGUUAAUUAUAAAAAUCACAAAAGGCAGGUAUAUUAAAAAGCAUAAAAUAUAUUCAAUGCAAUGUAUAUAAAUAGCAACUCUAUAAUUUAUAUAUUAAAUGGCUUAUAUAUUUAUUAAUAUAAUUUAAAUACUGCUUUGUGAUCAACUUCUUAAAUAUCAGUUUCUUUAGGUACAUAAUAAUUGAAACUUCAAAAGAGGUACAAGGCUUCCUUUUAUAAGUGUUUUACAGAAACAAAUACAAAGUACCAUCUAUAAUAUAAAUUAGCAGGAACUGCCUUCAAAAGCAUAAUUGUUGCAUCUAUGUUUCUUUAACAGUAUAGAAGGCAAUUUUGCUUUAAAUAUGAUGUUGGUGAAAUCACAGCCAGUAUUAAUGUGUUUUCAGAGCUUAUUAUUCUCUGGAAAGCAUUAUAAUUCAUUAAUUUAUUUAAAAUAGAAUGCUGCCUCCAAGAAUGUUCCAUAAAAAAAAUAAUUCUGAAGCAUUGUUUAAAAUCAAAUUACAUCUAUUGAAAUUACCUGAUGGGUAAUAUUAGGAAAGCAUAUAUUUUACACACUCUUGUGAUACCUUGCAUGAACAUUAAUUUGAGCUUAAUUACAGUUUUUCAUUGAAUAUAGAAUUAUCCAUAGAUUAUAGUUGACUAAUCUAUUGUUGUUCGCUUAAAUCAAGGGCUAUUUGUAAUGGUCCAGCUAUGAAAACAUUGCCUGUAUUUUGAAGGCUUUUUUCAAUUGGAGUAAUAAUCUCUGUUAAGCAUUUUAAUGAUUUCUUCCCUUCUGCCUCCAUUAAACCUUUUGCUCAGAUUCUUAAAAGAAAUCAAAUCUAAAGUUAUUGCUGCACUGAAUAUUAUUAAAAAUGUAAAAUGGCUAUCUAUCCAAAGUCCUGUGCACAAGUUGUGCAUUUGUAGAAUGUUAGGAAUGCAAAUAUAUGUAUUUGAAAACAUGUUUUAAAUAUGGUAAUUUCCUUCCGAUUUCAAAGCAACUGAAGAAAGGCCAUAGCAUUGAUAGGAAGAAAAAGGCAGUAUUAGUUCCAUUAAACUAUUUCUAAACAUGAGAUAUCUUCCAGAUAUCCCUUUUUAUGAAUGUUCAAUAUAGUUCUACAUUUAAUUACUGUUAUUAAAAGUUUUUAGUAUGCAACUGCUAUAGCACUUUAUCUUUUUUUAAAUUUUAAAUUUUUAAAUUUUUAAAAUAAUUUUAUGACUAUAACACUAUUACACCCUAAAAGAUUGUUAGUCCAACUAAAUCUUCUAAACCAAGUAUCAAAAGAAUCUCAAGUACGUAUAUUUCAGUUUAUCAUGAAUGAUUUUUCCGAUUCAUUCAGCAUGGAUGAUUCCAGUUUUUAUGUAUUAGUGUGAUAAAAUGCAUAAGCCUGUAUAGCCAUAUAUUAAAUCCCCAAACAGGUCUUGCACAAGAAAAGUUCAUCUAUUGAACGACGAUUUUUCUCCACAAAAUGGAAAGUCAUGAUGUAAGUUGAGCCUAUGUGUGUAGAAUGUGAAAAUGCAUGAACCAUCAGUUUUGUUGCAUUUGUAGUCUUCAACACUUUUUAAAAAUCAAAAUUGUAAUCCUAAAUUUUAGAUUUUGUCCCAGUGGUUGCUGCAUGUUAAGCACUAAUAAAAUGCCACUGUGUACUC